AAACAAACAAGUUUCAUAUUUAUCAUUGAUAUUAAUUUAAAUUAUUUUUAAUUCUUGCCAAUUAUUGAAUGAUUGUCAUCUUGAUUUCAUUUGUUAACACAAGUAUCCGUUUAUCGUUUUUCAUGAAAGAAGUCUACCAUCAAUGACCUGUUGUCAGGGAUUUUCAAGAUGAAUCCAAUGAUCUUCUUUAAUACAAAGACAUCAAGACUAUUUGGGUUCAUUCUUAUCGAUUAAAACUUUUUUACCACUCGAAUAACUCCAUCUUAAUAAUUGGUGGACUUCCACUACAACACACAACAUGCUCAUUAAAUUGGAUAUCUUGGGACCCAUUGGUACCUCCAAAAUAAAUUAUUCAUCAAUGGUUGUGAAAAGAAUCUCAGCAAUCUUGCAAAUUUUAAUUCUAGUUAUUAUUAUUUCUAAUCCAUGGGAAGUCGAUGCCGGUGAAGAUUAUUAUCAAUUGCUGGGUAUUACAAAAAGUGCUGAUAAUAGAGAAAUACGGAAAGCUUUUAAAAAAUUAGCCUUAAUUCAUCAUCCAGAUAAGAACAAGGAUGAUCCUAAAGCUAAUGAAAUGUUUGUGAAAAUCAACAGAGCUUAUGAGGUACUCAAAGAUGAAGAAACAAGGAAGAAAUAUGAUCUUCAUGGCGAAGAAGGUUUAAAAGAUGAUUUCGAGCGUGGACAAUCCUGGCAUUCCUGGAACUAUUACGAAGAGAGUUUCGGAAUUUACGAUGAUGACCCGCAAAUCAUUACUCUUAGUAGAUCUGAAUUUGAAGCAUCUGUUACCAACUCACCUUUCAUUUGGUUUAUUAACUUUUAUUCGCCUCAAUGCUCACAUUGUCACCAUAUUGCACCAGAAUGGAGAUCUAUGGCUAGAGAAUUGGAAAAUAUUAUUCGUGUUGGUGCAGUUAACUGUGAAGAAGAUUGGGUUCUUUGCAGAGAACAAAGGAUUCAUGGUUUUCCGUCAUUAAUUCUUUAUCCUAAGAAACAACUUUACGAAGGCAAACGUACAUCAGAUGCCUUAACUGAAUUCGUGCUUUCGAACCUGCCCAAUAAAGUGAUUAAAAUUACUGAAGAUUUUCUCAAAUCUGAAGAUACUCUCAAAAAUAUCUAUUGGUUGAUUUCAUUUUGCUCUGAUAAAUCAGAUUGCCAAUUCGAGGACAGUUUAGUUAAGCUCGCCAUAGCUUUAGAUGGAUUAACUAAAGUAUCAGAAAAUGUUAAAUGUGAUAAAGAGCCAGAAUUGUGUCGAAUGUUUGGAAUCAAUGAUAAAGCUAUUCGACUCUACAAAAAUGUAUCCAAUGUAAAAGAUUUCAUUGAAAUCUCCUAUUCUCAGGAUCCUAAGGACAUAAUCUCAUCAGUUCUACACCAACUUCCUGGUCUAGAGGAACUUGAUGAAACUAAAUUUAAGUCAUCUAUUCCAGAACCAAACUCUGAAACGACUUCUCAAUGGGUGAUUUUAUUCACAAAAAAUCCUAUUGAAAAUGAUGAUCUUACAAGUAAAGAAUUGAAAAGAUUGCCGCCAUUGCUGAAAAAUAUAUCUACUGGACAAAUUAAUUGUAAAAUAGAAAAAAAUAUCUGUUCUAAUUAUCAGCUUUCCACCUUCCCUAAAUUUCUUGUCUUCCGUGAUCAAGACUCUUAUGAAGUAUAUCAUGGCAGGAUCUCAGCUCAUGAUGUUGCGACAUUUGCAUUGGAAAGCUUAACGAGUCAUUUAAAUACACUUUCUCCUGCACAAUUUGAAGAAGCAAUCAAAAAUCAAGAUAAGCCUUGGCUAGUAGAUUUUUACGCACCUUGGUGUCCUCCAUGCAUGAAUUUUAUGCCAGAAAUAAGGAAAACAUCUAAAACACUAGGAAGUACAAUUAAUUUUGGUACAGUGGAUUGUACUAUUCACUCCACGCUCUGUAGAAAGUACAAUAUUCGUUCAUAUCCGACUUUGAUUUUGUACAAUCAAUCUUCUCCACACCAAUUCUUCGGUAAUCACAAGUCUGCUGAUCUAAUUGAUUUUAUUCAGGAUACCCUUAAUCCUCCAGUCGAAUCUUUAACCGCCACAAAUUUUGGUGAAAAAGUUCUUGAUCGAGAUUCAGAAACAAUCUAUUUAGUAGAUUUUUAUGCUCCUUGGUGCCGUCCGUGUCAAGAAUUUGCUCCUGUUUGGCGAAAAAUAGCUAAAUUGAUGAAACCAGAGACGAAUGUAAAAGUUGCUGAUGUAAACUGUCAAGAUCAAUUAGAUCUUUGUUCAUCCCAAGGAGUCAAAACUUAUCCAACUAUUCGUCUUUAUCCAUCAAAAAGAGAUUCCAGAUUCAAGGAGCCUUUCUUUGCUUUCAAUGGAUAUAAUCGUGAUAUUCAAUCUGUCCGUGUUUGGAUUUAUUAUUAUCUACCAACUUUAGUUCGUUCUAUUGAUUCUCCAAUACUCUUCGAAAAGCUAUUAAAUUCAAAGUAUGCUUACUUAGUUGAUUAUUAUGCUCCUUGGUGUGCACAUUGUCAAACUUUUGCUCCUGAUUUUGAAAUUGUUUCAAAGAAAUUGAAGGAAGAUGGAAUAAAAACGGCUAAAAUUGAUUGUCAAGAACACGUUGAAUUAUGUAGUAAAGCUAACGUUCGAGCUUACCCUACACUGAGAUUUUAUCCUGGAGCCGUUGAUGGCGAAACUCAAGGACCGCACGGAAUCGAUAUAGAUACUUAUCAUGUUGAUUCAAUAAUAUCUCAAGUUAAAAAAUAUGUCAAGCCGAAAAUUAUUAAAGAUGAAUUGUGAUACAGUUUAAGCAAAAAAAUUAUUAAAUCUCGUUUUAUUAAGACUUUGAUAAGUUCUUAUGGCUAACAAAAUGUUUCUGAUCUUUUUUUAGAGUAGAAAACAUUUAGUCCCAAUUGGUGAAUAAUGAAAAGGCAAAUGGAUUAUUUAUAGAUUGUUUUACAAAGAAAUUAAUUUA